AUGCCUAACGAGAUACACAAUUACCUUCAUCAAAUUGACGAGUCUUCUUUUGACUAUGUCUACGAAGAAAAUGUAACAAUACAUCUGAAAGACGACAGAGGUCUGGUUAGGUGCAAUGUCUACCGCCCCAAAGCUGCCAAUGGCGAGAAAUUCCCUGUUCUGGUAACCUAUGGGGCAUAUGGUAAAGACAUUCAUUAUUCGGCAUACGCGGUGGUUCAAGGCGAUGAGAUUGGCCUUAACCAAUCACCAAGCAAGCUGGACACAAUAUCACGUGAUACCAGCCUAGCUUUUAUCAAUGUUAUAGAAGUUAGACUCUUAGGCAUCAGCUACUCUGCAGAUAGUCAUUGGCGCGUUGCUGCACGACAACCUAAGGGUUUGGCAUGCAUCAAUACAUGGGAAGAAAUAUCCGACUACUAUCGAGAUAGAUGCCGACAUGGGGGGAUCUUGUCAAACACUUUCGUUCACUUCGGUGGAAUCGUCACUACAAAUCAAUAUGGCCGUCCUGGGAGAGCAGCCAGGAAAUGGGGCCCAGACACAAUCGAGGGCGACCUAACCGAAGAAGAGGCUGAGGGUAAUUGUAGAGACCAAACAAUCGACAACUUCACAAACCAAUUUCUUGAUGACGAAUUCUACAGAUCUAAAGACUACGAAAUGAAAGAUAUCAAAGUUCCCCUCCUCUCUAGGAAUGUCGAGGGAUACAUGAACGCUGGCUCAAAGCUCAAGUAUCUUCGAUUUGUGACAGGCCGGCAUGAUCUGCCGUUCUACACCAAAGCUUGCGUGGAUAUGCAGAAGAGCUUUCUUGAAAACAAAGAUACUGGUGUCUGGUCUACAGGCGAAGCACCUAAAGUUGAGAUAGUGUUGCGAAAAGGGGAUGUGGGUUUCAAUAACCCAGAAGACGAGAAGGCCUACCUCACAUGCUUUGAGGAUGAAUGGCCCAUGCCAGGCACAGCCUAUACGAAAUUCUAUCUAACGGCAGCUGGAGGCUUGACCAAGGUCCAUCCAGCAAAUCAUGAAAUAACCAACAUCUCUUAUCAAGCCCCUGAAGAUCUAAAACAUCAACAUCUCAUCCAAUUCACUAAUGAAGCGUUUAAGAAGGAAGUUGGGUUUACAGGCCAUAUUAUAGCACACCUUAAUAUAUCUACAAGCAGCAUCGACUCAAUAUCUGAUACAAAACCAAGUUAUAUCAAUCUAUUUUUAACUAUCAGGCAGUUAAAUUCUCAAGACAAAGAAAUCCUAUACACCAGCACAGUGGGAAAUCCAGUGCCAGUAAUCAAAGAAUAG